UCAAGACACGUGUGAGAUGUGGAUUUGUGUGACUCAUCCUUUCCUAUAUGAGGCGGCAAAGUAAUGAACAAAGCGUUGCCAAGCCAAAGUGAAAAAUGGCAGAAGUACAAUUGCUAGGCUAUUGGGCAAGUCCUUUUAGUAAAAGAGUUGAAAUUGCCCUAAAACUCAAGGGUAUUCAAUAUGAGUAUAUUGAAGAAGAUAUUCCAAUAAAUAAGAGUCCUAGAGUUGUCAAGUAUAAUCCUAUUUACAAAAAAAUUCCAGUGUUUUUGCACGACGGAAAAUCAAUAGCUGAGUCUCUACUGAUUCUUGAAUAUAUUGAUGAAACGUGGAAAGAAGGAACUCCUCUUCUACCGAAUGAUCCUUAUCAAAGAGCCAUGGCUCGUUUUUGGGCCAAGUUUAUGGAUGAAAAGUGCUUACCAGAGAUGCUAAAACUUUGUUAUGAAAGCAACUAUGAAGUAAGAAUGAAAGCAAAGGGAGAACUGCAUGAGCUUCUUAAACUUCUUGAGAAUGAAUUGAUCAAAGAUAAUACCAAUUUAUUUGGAGAAUAUAUUGAAAUUGUUUCAAUUCUGAUAACUUCUUGGAUUGGAAUUAUUCAAGAAGCAGUGCAAGUGGACAUAUUGAAGAAAGAGGAAUUUCCAAAUAUAUGUGGCUGGGCUGAUAAGUUGAUGAGUCGUAGCUUUAUCAAGGAAAGUCGUUUGCCACCUAGAGAUAAAUUACUUGUAUUUUACAAAACUUAUGCCAAACCGCUGAUUAAAGAAGUUCCUCAGUGAACAAUACUGAACAUAUAAUAAAUUUCUGCAUUGAAGUCCUCGAGGGAAAAGUUGUGUUCACUGGGUGACGUAUGUGUUGUUUUAAGUGUAAUUGUUCAUCAUUGCAAUGGUGAAAUCGUUCAAGGAUGAAACCAAAAUAUCUAUAUGCAGCACUUCUUUUUUGGGAUUCUCUAUAAAUAAAAGUAGCCGUUUGGUCAUAAAAA